GUCAUACAGCCUGCCUGCUCCGCCGUCGUCCCGUCGUGGCUGAGCUGUCGCUGAGUACUGUUAAUCGCUGUUUUUCGGGUGAAGAUGGCCGCAGGUCCUCUCUCUGUAUCAUCCAACGCAUCCACAAACAACGAUGGCAUCCUCAUUGGUGACAAAGUUUACUCGGAAGUGUUCCUUACGAUCGACAACUCGCUCAUACCGGAGGAAAGGCUCUCCCCGACGCCGUCGAUGCUCGACGGCCUCGACCUGAACACAGAGACCGACCUUCGCAUCCUGGGAUGCGAACUGAUUCAGUCGGCCGGUAUUCUUCUCCGGUUACCCCAGGUGGCAAUGGCAACGGGACAGGUCCUCUUUCAUCGUUUUUUCUACUCGAAGUCCUUCGUAAAGCACAAUUUUGAGAUUGUUGCUAUGGCUUGUAUCAACUUGGCCUCCAAGAUUGAGGAAGCACCGAGACGAAUACGAGAUGUCAUCAAUGUUUUUCAUCAUCUGAGACAGAUCAGAGGCAAAAAGACUCCAAGUUCAUUGAUACUUGAUCAGAACUACAUAAAUACCAAAAACCAAGUCAUCAAAGCAGAACGGCGGGUCCUGAAGGAGCUGGGCUUCUGUGUGCAUGUCAAGCAUCCUCACAAGAUUAUCGUCAUGUACCUCCAAGUCCUCGAAUGUGAGAAGAACCAGACACUGGUCCAGACGGCCUGGAACUACAUGAAUGAUACCCUUAGGACAAAUGUGUUUGUGAGAUUCCAAGCUGAGACUAUCGCCUGUGCCUGCAUAUUCCUCGCUGCCCGAGCCCUGCAGAUACCCCUGCCAUCCAGACCUAAUUGGUACCUGCUGUUUGGAGCCAGUGAGGAGGAUGUUAAAGAGGUCUGCAUCACCACCCUAAGACUCUACACCAGGAAGAAGCCCAACUAUGACCAGCUGGAGAAGGAGGUGGAGCGGAGGAAGAUGUUUUUGGCAGAGGCCAAGAGGAAGGCUAAAGGCCUGAACCCUGAUGGUACCCCUGCACUGUCCAUGAUGGGUGGCUUCUCUCCUGCUUCCAAGCCCUCCACCCCAAAUGUAGUCAAGGUGGAGGAGAAGUCCCCGAACCCACAGACCCUCAAACCAGUUAAGAAGGAGCCAGACGGCCGGACUCAGGUCAACAAGAGUCCACACAAUGGUUUAAGAAAAGAGGUGAAGAUCGGCAGAAACAGCAGGAGCGGAAGUCGAUCUCGUUCGAGAACACGUUCCCGGUCUAGAUCACGCUCCCCUCGUAGACAUUACAACAGCAGACGCAGUCGCUCAGGGACCUACAGUUCUCGCUCACGUUCUCGCUCUCACAGUCGCAGUCCAUCACCUCGGCGACAUCAGCCCUCACCCCUCCUCCCCCACCUCAAGUCUAAGAGCAGCCAUCAUGGCAACAGCGACUCCAAACCCAGUGGACGCCACAGCAACAGCGGAAGUGGAUCCGGUCACAAGAGGAAGCGCUCACGUUCUCGGUCACGGUCCCGCACUCCGGUCAAAGUAGACAGGGACCGGGACAGAGAGAGGGAACGGGAGAGAGACCGAGACCGCAGCACCUUUGACCUGUCUUCAAAGAAACACAAACAUGAGCGAGGCGGUGGUCACCGAGGAGACAGGAGAGAGAGGGAGAGGUCUCGGUCAUAUGACAGGGACAGAGAGAGGGAGCGUAGCCACAAGAGCAAACACCACAGCAGUAGCGGGCACUCAGGACAUAGUCGCCACCGCCGCUGAGACUGGGCGCACACCAACAGGCUGGCUCUAGGACUGACUGUCACUGAAGUAUUUUGAGUAUGCACAAAACUAUAUCAGAUUUGGUAUGUUCUCUGAAUGCUGUUGAAUACAUUUGAGUCAGUAAUUAAUGUAAAUUGAAUUAAGUCGUGUUCGACACAUCUUGCAAGUAUUUCAAAUGGUUAAAAAGUUGCGCUACAACUUAUGGAAGUAAACCAAAAAUCUUCUGCCUGAAACUUGUCAGAUGACACUGCUGACAUGUCUCAGGGGUUUUAACCACAAACUUGCAAAAAUGUCAACAUAUUCAGGAGAUUUCGCAGCUGUCAAAACCAAAAGCUGCACUUAUGCUGUGGUUUAGAGAACUUGCCUUCUUUGGUUUAAUUUUGCGUAUAUUACCAGCCUCAUACCAACACAGUUGGGUUUCUGGGUUUCUCAUAUGCAUCCUGAAAAUGACAAUUUUAGCUAUAUGAUUUACAGGAAUGUUGAUUCUUAUCAACCUUUACAUUUUGUUGAUCAAAGCCAAAUAUCGGAACAUUUAGUUUUAUGUUUUUUGUCCCUAUGAAAUAUUGUAAUUGAGCCUUGACAUUGGAGGCAUUUACGGCAACGCUGAAAUUGCCUGAGUCCUACACAUAGCUUUUGCAUGCACAGGUGUCUUGGUGAUAGAAUAUUCAUAGCUUUAACUCUCAUUUACACAGGAGCACACCUGUAACUGAUAUUUGGCAGAGGUGUUUGUUGUUGUGUUAUUACAGAGUUAAUGUGUGCGUCUGAGGAACCCAGGCUGCAGCAGUAUCUACCAGCAUUUAGUGGACUGUUAGUAGGUUUACCAACCUUUCUCUCACCCAGGUCAGUCCUGAUCAGUGGUCGAGGGAAGGCACCAAUGCAGUGUGACAUCAGUCCCAGACCUGUCGUACUCUCCACCUUAGGUUUUUCUUUUGCUCAUUUUCCCAUCAUACCUCCACUCCACACACCGCUACCAUCCCUCUAGGCUCCCCUUAUACUCUCGGUUUUACAUGUAAAAUUAUGGACUUUGGGAAAGUGGAACUUAUUUACAGUGUAAAGAUGGAUCAAUAUCUGCUGACAAAAUGUGAACGCUUUGAUUUAUAAAAGCGGACUGCUCAGUGGAAGGAUUGAUGAAUGGAGAAAUGUAAAAUAAAAGCGAUACUUCAGGAAAGAUCAAUGUUUGCACAUUAAGGGACUGGUGGGCGAGUGUUUUUUGUUUCCUAUUAAUUUUGGACAGAUGUAUGUUGCUAAAGCUGUGUUUGUACAGUUUUGAAAGCUGGUUAUAGACAUGUUUUUCUGUACUUUUUUUUUUUUUUUUUUUACCGCAGGGGAUGCAGACUUGAGUUAAAAAACUUUAGGUUGUUAAUUUGUUACACUGGUUUUAAGUCUGCACGUGUUCAUGUCCAAUUUUUAUUCAAUAAUAAAUUAGUUAUGCCACUUAA